CUCAUUGCUAGCUUGGUCUUCAAAGUUACAGGAAGUCUCAAAAUGAAUUGGUUGCCACUGUUGUGUACCGUUCUUGCUUUUAUAAGCUUUAUUGAAUCGCGCUCUUCGAAAAAAACUAAAAAUACAAAAAAAUAUUUAACAAGAGCAGAGUAUUUUGAAACCAUUUUGAAGUACGCCCACAGAAUGGACAGCCUUCUCAAGAUAACGUGUGAGGACAAUAAAGAUUGGCUUACGGAAACAUAUACAAACAAUGGUUACAUGAUUUCAUAUAACCUCGAUGGAUUGAACGAAGCAACACUCGAUGUGAAAAUUCAGAAUAGAGUAUUAUUCACAAUAAUUGAGCAGACGAACAAUCUAGACCCUUUUGUAGACGUGAGGAUGUUGCCUAUGAUGGUAGAUGUGAAACGUGCGGAAUGGUAUGUGGUGAAUCGUAUGCUAAAAGUUGUGGUACCAUUUAGUGUCAGACUCACUGAAACGAUGCCGAAAACUUGUGAAUUCGAUGAUUCAGAUUUUGUUGUUCCAGAAACGAUAGAGGUUUUUGGACCAUAAUGUUUAUUUAAUUAACAAUUUCUAUUUUCAGUAUGGAAAUCAAUCUUAGUUAAGUGUUUAAAAAUUUGGACAGUUUCUCUUUGCCAUAAAAUGUGCUACUAUAUCCCCUUUUUAAGUGUUAUAAAGCUUCUUUAUCAUUUACUACUUUCCUGUAUGCCUUCUCAAGAUAAAGUGUGAAGACAGUCAAGAUUGGCUUACGGGCACCUACACAAACAAUGGUUACAUAAUUUAAUAAAACCUCGAUGGAUUAGACGAAGCAACCCUAAAGUGUGAAAAUUCUGAAUAGAGUAUUUGUACACAGCCAUUGAGCAGACCAACAAUCUAGACCCUUUUGUAGACGUCAGGAUGUUACCAAUGAUGGUGGGUGUGAAGCGUGCGGAAUAGUUUAUGGUGAAUCGUGUGUACGAUGCCGAAUGAUGCUUGUGAGUUCGAUUAUUCGAACUUUGUUGUUCUAGAAACGAUAGAGAUUCGUGGACCAUAAUGGUAUAUUUAUGAAAUUAGCAAAUUAUAUGAAGAGAAAGCAAAUUGAGUUGAACGUUAUGGAUAAUUUUUUGCCUUAAAUUGUGCUAUUAUAGCACUUUUUCGAGUGUUUGAAAGCGUUUUUACCAUCCACUAAUUUUCUUGUUUUUUUCUCACUACUUGCCUGUACGGUUGCAAAACAGGUACCAAAACCUCAGAAAUGUAUGUUUCCCUGUUUUAUAAUUAUUAAGAUGUACCUUUAAAGUAUUCUAAUUUAUUAUUAUCAGAUAUUAUUUAAUUGCCAAAUACAUAUAUUAUUUAGCUAUAAAUAAAA